AGCACAAGCGGAAGAGAAGCGUCUAGCGUUCCUCUGCCACCUCUUUCCCCAGUUUGUCGCCUGUUUUUAAAAGACUUACUAAGAAGUUAGCAUCGUCGCCAUACAUUCUUCAAAGAAGCUCGGAGGCUUAUCGAAUGUUCAGCGCCAUCGAUGACCUUUGUUGCGAAAAGAAGUGUGAAGCUUUUUCAUCCUCGAUCGUCGUUCUUUUUCAAAGGGUUAGAGAAUAGGACAGCUCUACAAGUGCAGCAACUUCUGCGACAGUAGUUCUUUCUGGUUGCCUCAGGUUACAAACAAGUAGUCCCAAAUCUCCACCACACUGCUUUUUUAGUAAAAGCAUUAGGUUUAGGUCUUCAAAUAGCGCUCGUAGUUUGUUGUGUUAGUCGCUAUUUCUUCACGUCGAUCUUUAUCUUGUUUUUGCUACGCCAACAACCAAAAAGCGGAUCAAGAUGGCCCCCCUCUUAGCGUUAGCUGGCGCUUUAGCCUUAGGCGUUGUGGAAGCCAGUCCGUUUCUGGCGCGGCGGGACUACCCUACUAAGGUACCCUCGUUCUUACCAGGACCCUCUCGAGUUUUUCUUACCACCCUACAAAGGUUCGGGACAAUAAUUUUGAUAGACUUUUCUCAUCUUCUAUCCCUUGCCAUGUAUAAUGAUGUAUGGUUCUGGUAUUUGGUAACCUGAGUUUGAUCCUAAGGGUUCUCUUCUUGUUUUCCCUUAGGAUCAAACUCAGGCUACCAAAUACCAGAACCAUUCAGAUGAGCAAUCAGUUUACCGGGAGCAUACUUCUACGAAGAACCGCGGCGCUUGUACUGUUUCGAGCAAGAUGGGAAACCACUAGAGGCGACCUUGUUCUUGUUCUUAUUGCUGCGACUAUCGCCUUCACCCCACCAGAAUGAGCAUCAAUUAUAUUCAUUUCAGAGCAAAAAAAAUAGGAUAAGGAUUCCUUUUAUUUCGUUAUCAUUCAUUUCGCAGCUGUCAGGACUUUACUGGCAAUACUUAUUUAGUAUUCAGUCCUCUGACCCCAUGAUCUAUCAGGUCUUGGCUGCUCCAGGCUCCUCGUCCGUGCCCGAAAUGCGCGGCCGUUAUCGUGCCCCGGAUGUCAACAAAACGGACGGCGAAGUCGCCCACAGCAAUGGAGUUCUGCAGAUUAGGGAGGCCCCUGCUGCUUGGAAUGAAACCAAGGCGGACGCGGUGGGUCACGGCGAUGGCUUUUUUCAGCUGUCUGACCCUGGUGAAAAGGAGGCGGCGCACCCAGGUCAGAUAAAAUGGGUCCACCCACUUGAAACGCAGACUGUUGAUGAUAAGAAGGCGCUUGAGGGUCUGUGCAAGCACGGCAAGUACAUGGUCACGCGCGUCUUCUCGAAGCUUGCCAAUGGGUUCCAGGCUGGCGAUUGUGUAAAACGCCUGGGGAAGUACUCACGCUUACUGCAGUAUGAGGGAGUGGGAGGCCGAGAGGAUGUGUCUGUGUGGCUGGCCGUUUUCUGGCAGGAGAAGGACGUGGUGGAGUUUUAUCUAUUGCCGGAACAGUACAGUACCAUGAUCAUCAAGGCAGAUGGACGGAGGGGGUCAAGAACGUGGUCGGGCCUUUGGGGGACGUACACGCGGCUGGUCAUCGAGGAAAACCGCGGAAGACCCAUCUGGAGACGCCUUGCGCAUACGACAUCGGUAACGAAGCCCAUCCCGGCUCUCUACAGCCCGCGCGGCCUCGCUUUUCGCUUUCAACUGGGGCUGAGCGAUAAGCUGCCGCGCCGUAUAUUGGAGAUCUGCGAAAACCAAAAUAAUGGCAGGGUUGCGAAGGUUCUUGGCAUGUUUAGCAAGGCUCGGGUCGCGAUGUUGAAGACGAGGUGCGCCUUGCAGCUCUCUCCAUACAUGGAGAAAGUCAUCAGCGAGUACAUAUCUCCAGGAGAUGGACCAAGGGGGAUCCUCUUCCCGGGUGCAGAGGACACGAAUGUCAUCAGGGAGGCCUUAUACGAAAAAGGAGGGGAAGAGGGGGGAC